AUAAAAAAAAAAAGAGUGAGGAAGCCAAAACACACUGUUUCAAACCCUCAAAAAAUCCCGAGACAAAAACCCCAAACCUAAAGUGAUGACAAUGAAUCUUGAGCCCACUGCUUCAUCUUCCAGCUACGAAGAUGACUCUUCCUCGUCGGAAGAAGAAGAAACUGAUUCCCCAGUUGUGAAAGCUUCCUUGCCUGUGACCACCGCUAAUUCUUCUUCGUCCGAAGAAGAAGAAGAAGAAACCGAUUCUGAAUCGGAAACCGAGCCGGUCCAUGAUUCCAAAGAUGGCUCGAAGCCCAAAAUCACGGCAAACUCUUUGUCAGAUUCUCCGGUUGUGAAACCUGAUUCCAGCAACAAGGUUGAAGCUCCCAUUAACACUGCAAAUUCUUCGUCGGAAGAAGAAGAAGAAGAAACAGAUUCUGAAUCCGAAACCGAGCAGGAAGAAGUAGAAGCUGUGAAACCUCCCCCAGAUUCCAGCAGCAAGGUUCCUGUGCCCACGGCAAAUUCUUCGUCUGAGGAAGAAGAAGAAGAGACAGAUUCUGAAUCGGAAACCGAUCCGGUGGAGACUUCUCCAAAGCUCGAGACCACGGAAGUAGAAGCUGAUUCCCCAGCUGUGAAACCUCCCACAGAUUCCAACAAGGUUGAAACCACCAAGAAGAGAUCUAUUGAGACGAUGGAUGAAGGAGGAGAAGCAAAGAGGAUCAAGACAGAUUCAGGAGGAGACGAUGAUGACAAAAAGAUUACAGUUUUUCAAGAAACCAAGAAAAACUAUUUCCAAAGGGUUUGGACAGAGGAAGACGAGAUUACGGUUUUGCAAGGGAUUAUCGACUACCAAAAUGAAACCGGGUCAAGCGCUUUUGAUGACAGGAAUGCUUUAUAUGAGCUCUUGAAGCAAUCUCUCAGCUUCACUCCUACUAAAACCCAGUUCUCGGAGAAGAUCAGGUCGUUGAAAAAGAAGUUUGAAAACAACCGUGGAAAAGAGAAGAAGAGAGGAGAAGCGCCUGCGUUUUCUAAACCUCACGAUCUCGAGACUUUUCGUUUGUCAAAGUUUGUCUGGGGAGGUGAUGGUAUCAUGUCUAAUGCCAUUGAAGUUGAGCCUCCCGUGUUGAAGCUUGUUGCGCCUGCUGCUGUGAAGAAGCAAGAGUUUGGUGUUUCUAUUGUUGAGGCAUUGGCUCGUUUCGGUGUGGAUAAUCUUUUUGCUAAAAAAGGUUGGAGCAAGCUUUCGUUGGAGGAUAAGAAGAGACUUGAGGUGGAAUGGGAAGCAUUGCAGCUUGAAGAACUCAGGUUCUACUCGCGGAAGAGUCGUUUUAUUCAUGAUGCGGUGACAAAGAUGGCUGAAGCUUCUCAACGAGACCAUUAGAUUUAUUAUUCUAAAAUUGGUUCAUGUGAGUGUGCCUUUUUAAUUUAUCUUUCGUACUUUGGUGAAUAAUUUCACAUUUGGUUUUGGGAGGGGUGGGGGAUUUGGUUUUAUGGAUAAUGAUAGGUGAAACAUUUGUUGACUAUCAAAUUUUAAAUUAUUAUUAAAGAAUCGGAAAUUAAGCCUGCAAUCCACUUGCUGAAUGAAGUUGGAGGGCAAUAAAAAAAUAACAAGUUGU